CAUCCACAGUCCAUGCAGACAGGCCGCUCCUGACAAUCUGGCAAUCUGACAACCGUACAUUUAAAUCGUAAGUACACGACUGAUAGAAAGACAUAACCUUGUACCUUAAUCAGCAUUUUUUAUUAUUUACCUAAGUACUACCUAAGUACCUCUAUCCUCUAUCAAUAGGUAAUCCAUCUGGAAGGUCCUUUCCUACCUCAAAUGUCCCGCCGCCUCUCGAAACUCUUUUAAAAAACAUUAGUCCGCUCAUCACUUCAACGACCGUUUUUACGAUCACCCCCAUACUAUCCCUUCGUCAUCUUCCACACUCGAUAACAUCAAUCUUUUCCGUCUUCUGUUUACCUUACAUCAACAGAAGAUAUCACAAUGGCUACCGAGACGCCCACCUUCAAGCUCGUCCUUGUCGGCGAUGGUGGUACUGGAAAGACCACCUUCGUCAAGCGUCAUUUGACUGGUGAAUUCGAGAAGAAGUAUAUGGCCACUCUUGGUGUCGAGGUCCACCCCCUUGGCUUCACGACCAACUUCGGCAACAUCACCUUCGAUGUGUGGGACACUGCUGGCCAGGAGAAAUUCGGUGGUCUCCGUGAUGGUUACUACAUCAACGGCCAAUGCGGUAUCAUCAUGUUCGAUGUUACCUCCCGCAUUACCUACAAGAACGUCCCCAACUGGCACCGUGAUCUGGUCCGUGUCUGCGAGAACAUCCCCAUCGUUCUGUGCGGCAACAAGGUCGAUGUGAAGGAGCGCAAGGUCAAGGCCAAGACCAUCACCUUUCACCGAAAGAAGAACCUCCAGUACUACGACAUCUCCGCCAAGUCCAACUACAACUUCGAGAAGCCCUUCCUAUGGCUGGCCCGCAAGCUCGUUGGCAACCCUCAACUGGAAUUCGUCGCUGCUCCUGCUCUGGCCCCCCCUACUGCCGUUGUCGACGAGGCUCUUCUCAAGCAGUACGAGGAGGAGAUGAACACCGCUGCUCAGCAGCCCUUGCCCGGUGAGGAUGAGGAUGAUGACUUGUAAAUGAGUUACGAUAAGAGGACACGACUGGUGGACAACGGUGGUUAUGGUAAUACUUUUGAGUUCGGAACGCAUAGGGUGCUAUUUGUGCGGGCUGAUGCAGGACGGCUGCGCACGCUCUGGGUUGGGGGUCGAUCACCUUUCAUGGCCGUUGAUUUCAGAUGCAUGGCUGCAUUUGCAGCUUUCUAGAUAGCAAAUCCCCAAAUAGACAGUUAUAUGACAAAGAAUUGCAGUCUACUACUAUCACUUCCAAUAUAUGGGGAUUCCUUUUUCUGCAUGAUCUUCGUAGGCAGAGGGAGUUUAGGUAGCUUAUAUUAGAUACCUAUGUACCUAGGUAUGUAUUAAUCUGAAUACCUAGGUUAGGUAAUCGUAUAUAAACUUCGUUUAAAUACAUGUCAUGCUUGCC